AUGGGAGACAACAAUGACAAUAUCCACAGCGAGGAAGAUGAUGAUAGCAACGAAGACGCGUUCUGGCCUGUAGCACGAUUUCACCUCUUUAACGUCUUGCAAAAAUCCCACGAGCCGUACCGCAUGUUUGUGACCGCGUUCAAGAUCCCAGACGGCACCCUCCUUGGAUCUACCCCAACCAUGGCAUUCGAGAUUGGGCUACUGGAUAUUGGUCAAUCAACAGUCGCCGGCAACAUCCAAGUUAUUGAACAUGUGCAGGAGCUACUGGAUCUACCCGAGGAGUUUUUCGUGACACGGAAAUUAGGUCUUGUUGGAGAUCUUCUUACCAUCUCCAGAUUCCACAGUGCAAAACAACGGCGUGCUUCCGAAAUCGACUCCUUGCCUUCCGAUCGGUGGGAAUGGGCUGUUCUCAUUUUCGGGCUGUUCCACCUCCAGAUGACGACUGUCAAAGUUAUUAUGCGCACUCAUUACGGCUCUCACGACACUUCUGGCUCUUUGGCUUAUAACAUCAGCUUGCUUGACCGCAAACGCAUUGACCAGGAUGCAAAGUUCUAUCAUGAUGCAAAGGAGCUCUUGAUAUCCUCGUUUUACGCCAUGGUCCGGCGGAUUUGGCUGGUUAUGAUGGGGAAGGCGGACAGUACUUCAGGUUUGGCGGAAGGUCUAGAGGAAAUGCGCCGUGAUCUUGGUGGCGACGACUCUCAAGUGCAGGAGAAACUCAUUAUAAUGGCCAAGUCUAUAUACGACACAUAUUUUGUCCGCCAUUCCGUCCUUUUGGAUACUCUCUGUCCAGCCGAUGUCAACGCAGCAUUGUUUAUCAAGGACACGGUCAUCUACCUCGAACUCUGUGCUGCCAUCAAGCACAGAGACAUCAAUCGCCUUCAAGCUAUCCUCAAGCCUCUUACCAUUACGAUGAGUGCUGGAGGCAGUCCUUACUAUGCACUUGAGCUUUUGCGGAUGUACUAUGGAGUUCGAUAUGCGUGGACAAAUUUGAGGACCGAGGCCAUUUUUUCUUCCAUGCUGAUGAACACCAAGGGAGCGGAGGACUCGUUUAUUCCGUUGGAUCUCUAUCGGGAAUUCAACAACAAGCUCGUCAAGGAGUGCAUCAAACGUCAAGGAAGCAAUAGGUCAAUGGAAAGUCUUAAAAACGUAACCACCCCCAACAUUCGCCUACUCGACACCAUUGCCACCGACGUGGAGGACGAGCUCGGAGUACCAUUCAACAGCGCCUUUCACAGGACAACGUCGACUGACGACUACAUUAGGGCUAUCAUAAACUCGCUUGUAAAGCACGAUAUCCUUAGCGGGGAAGUGCGUCCAAAAGCUAUUAACAGCGAUGAAGUGAUUGUCAAGAACCUCAUGGAUGUGACGCCUUUGAUGUUGGUGGCCAGUGCCUCCUUGAAGGUCUCCCUCAAUUUCAGCAGGCGUCCCAGUAACUCUCCUGGCCAAGAGUUGUCGAGAGGUCUCCAUUUGAUUUGA